GCGGCGGCGGCUGCGGGAACUUCGGCGGCGGUGGCGGCGAUCCUAAUGGCUGCGCGCGGGCCGCGGUGAGGCGCGGGCGGAGAGCGACGGGCGCGGGGCCGCCGAGCAGCGAGAGCGAGCGAGCGAGCGCGCGCGCGGCCGGACUCCGGCCAGGCCCGGCCCGAGCCGCCGAGCCCGCGAUGCGCCCCGGGGCCGCCCCCCGGCGCAGCUGACGCCGCGGCCCGCGGAGACCCCGGCCGUCCGGCCCCGAGCGAGCGGCCGCCGCCGGCCCAGGCCACGAUGGCGGGCAAGGCGGCCGCCCCGGGCACCGCGGUGCUGCUGGUCACGGCCAACGUGGGCUCGCUCUUCGACGACCCAGAAAACCUGCAGAAGAACUGGCUGCGGGAGUUCUAUCAGGUCGUGCACACGCACAAGCCGCACUUCAUGGCCCUGCACUGCCAGGAGUUUGGAGGGAAGAACUACGAGACCUCCAUGUCACACGUGGACAAGUUCGUCAAAGAGCUGUUGUCAAGUGACGCCAUGAAGGAGUACAACAGGGCUCGCGUCUACCUGGACGAGAACUUCAAAUCCCAGGAGCAUUUCACGGCACUAGGAAGCUUUUAUUUUCUUCAUGAAUCCUUAAAAAACAUCUACCAGUUUGACUUUAAAGCGAAGAAGUAUAAAAAAGUCACUGGCAAAGAGAUCUACUCGGACACACUGGAGAGCACGCCGAUGCUGGAGAAGGAGAAGUUCCCGCAGGACUACUUCCCCGAGUGCAAGUGGUCAAGGAAAGGCUUCGUGCGGACGAGAUGGUGUGUCGCGGACUGCGCCUUUGACUUGGUGAACAUCCAUCUUUUCCAUGACGCUUCCAACUUGGUCGCUUGGGAGACGAGCCCGUCCGUGUACUCGGGGAUCCGGCACAAGGCUCUGGGCUACGUGCUCGACAGAAUCAUCGACCAGCGAUUCGAGAAAGUGUCCUACUUUGUGUUUGGAGAUUUCAACUUCCGGCUGGAUUCCAAGUCCGUGGUGGAGACUCUCUGCACACAGGCCACGAUGCAGACAGUCCGGGCCGCCGACACCAACGAGGUGGUGAAGCUGAUAUUCCGCGAGUCGGACAACGACCGGAAGGUGAUGCUUCAGCUGGAAAAGAAAGUCUUCCACUACUUCAACCAGGAGGUUUUCCGCGACAACAACGGCACCGCGCUCUUAGAAUUUGACAAAGAGCUGUCUGUUUUUAAGGACAGACUGUAUGAACUGGACAUCUCGUUCCCUCCCAGCUACCCGUACAGCGAGGACUCCGGCCAGGGCAGACAGUACAUGAACACGCGGUGCCCCGCGUGGUGCGACCGCGUCCUCAUGUCUCCGUCCGCCAGGGAGCUGAUUCUGAAGUCGGAGAGCGAGGAGAAGGUUGUCACCUACGACCACAUCGGGCCCAACGUCUGCAUGGGAGACCACAAGCCCGUGUUCCUGGCCUUCCGCAUCGCGCCCGGGGCAGGUAAACCUCAUGCCCAUGUGCACAAGUGUUGUGUCGUGCAGUGACGUGUGGGAAGCGAUGGCAGCGACAGCAGAGGGCCCUUCGCGAGACCUCCCCGUAGCGCGAGGAGCAAGUGGAAGUCGCGUCCAUGAAAUCCGUACUCCUAACAGCUGCAUCGACAAACCCGCCCGAGCGCCACCCGCUAGACGGCCGGCCCCACACUUCGCUUCAGCCUCCGGACCGUUCCGGAAAAGCCUCACAUACCUCACUGUCUUGUCUGUUCGUGUGACAUUUAGUAGAAAUAGUGGGUUUUUGUAAUAAGUCACCGUCCUGUUGCCAAAACUCUACAGACAGCAGAGGGAGUCUGUAUUUCAGGCUCCAGGGUUUCAAUUUUUAACAAUUGUCAGCGUGGGAAGAGCGUCUCCGGCGUAGAAAGCCCACGGGCGUCACCCCCCUGCCAGCUGGAGGCGAGCCCGGGGUGGGCGGCGGGCGCGGGCUCUUUGCCGCCUCAGGCAGCGUGGCCGCUGUGCUCCGGCCCCCCCCCCCUCCGUGUUAUUUACUCUAACUGCCGUGUUACGUGGUUUUUGAAUUACACUGCAGCUGCUUUCCAUUUUUAUAUAUAUAAAUAUAUAUAAAUAUAUACUUUUUAAAAAUAAUUUAUAAACCUUACCAAAACUUAUGCUAAAUACACUUUCCAGUACGAAUGCUCGAGAGUGUCCUAUCAGCAGGUGGAAGUGGAGUCUAGGAGCUCAGUUUUGCGUAGAUCACGCCGACGCAUCCGAGAGUGCGGCCGGCGGGGCGCGAACGUCGGCCACAGCACGUCUACACUUGCAGAUUCUUACUCAGUCUAUGCCUUUUCUUCUGUGUAACAUUAAGGACUGAAUGUGAAGUUUGUAGCUAGCUCGGGUGUACCUUUUAAGAAUUUUGUAACCUGUUUGUCUGUCUUUCGUUACUGUUCUAUGGUGCCAAGUAUCCUACGUAAAACGAUAAUAUCAUGGGAGGAAUGAAAACCACAAUAUCUAGUCUGCUUCAGGUAGAAGUUGCUUCUAACAUGGGCUGUAUAUAAAAAAAACAUUAACCGUAAGUUCCCUCGGCUGCUCAGCUACAACCAACCCACGUGAUGGCCCUGCUGCAAACGUUCUCUCCUAGCACGAAGUACGGCAUUAAAGGUCACUGCGGUGCCUGUGGAUGAAACACAAACGUGGGUUUUUAUUGAUUUGCUCUAGAACACUACAGAAUUCCUGGACUGUGUGAAGGCCUCAGAUGCUCGUCUUCAGGUGAAUCACUACCCUUGCAAGUGAUCGGGUGUCCGCUCGCCGAAUCUGCCCUUGACCGCGCGCGUUGGGGGUCUGUGUCAGUGCUGUGGCCCCUCUGCUCUGUCCACGCGCCACACGGCAGUCCCGCCCCACGCCGUUCUGUCUCACGGGGUUUCAGUUGUUGGUCACUGUGGAGGCCUUUAGAAACGACCGCUCCCGGUUCCUAAGCAAUAAAAUUGAUCCUGGUGAAAACA